GUGUGAAAAUGAAAUGAAAUUGUUUAAAUGUGUGUGUAUAUUUGGAAAAUAUAACAACAACAAGAAAAAGUAAAGCAAAAAAGUUGAAAAAACGAAGCAAAAAAAGUGAAAAAAAACGAGAGCGAGAAGAGAAAUGAAAAAAUAGCAUUCCAAGAAUAACAUGUUUUAAGAAAAACUUUUAAUAAAUUGAAACGAUUUCUUAAAUUUAAUCAUAUGGGUGUUCUUUUUUUUUAAGAAAAAUUAAAUAAAUCAAUUUAAUUUACAAACGAAAAUCAUUUUGUAAUUGAUUGAUUUUCGUAAAAGGAAAAAAACAACAAAAACAAAAUCAAAACAACAAGAAUACAACAAACCAAACGCCUACACGCCAAAAAAAAAAAAAAAAGAAAAACAAAAAAACGCGCAACAUGUCUAGCUGGGCCGAACGUGUUCAUCGACGUGCUGCCGAUUUCGGCAAUGUGGUUACUUCUUGUGGUCAUCCUGGUUCAUCGGCACCCACGUAUCCCUAUCGUUUGGAAAAAGUUAAAUUUGGUGUACCUUUAGAGGAGGUGUGCAAAAAUGACAACAUUCCUGGACCUUUACUGGUUCUCAUACUUAAGCUGAAUAAAGAGUCACCCAAUCGUCGCGAUGUCUUUCGAGCACCCGGCCAUCAGGGUGCCAUGAAGAAGCUAAUACAUUUCCUACAAGCCGGCCGUUUGGUUAAUGUGGACAAUUAUUCAGUAUAUACGAUUGCUAGUGUGCUGAAAAAAUUCUUACGCAAAAUACCAAAUGGUAUUUUUGGUCGUUCGGGUGAAGAGGAACUAUUUGCUAUAAUUGAAUUGUCCAACGAAUCGGAACAAAUUGAACGUUUACACAAAUUAUUACAAUCACUGCCGAAAUAUACACAACAUUUAUUAGUUUUAUUAUUUGGUACAUUCCGUGUGAUUGCUAGCAAUGCAGCCCAUGCUGGUACCGGCAUGACCAGUGAAGCUUUGGGUGUUUCCGUUGCACCCAGCUUCUUUCAAUCAUGUGUUAGUGAUGGCAAAACAGCACGCAUGGAAGAUGUGCUUAAGUUUAAGGUGGCUACAAAAAUUAUGAAACAUAUUAUUGAUAAAUUUGCUACACACGAUUUGUUUGGUCGUGAAAAUUAUGAAUAUUAUGCAAGGGUUACCGGACGUAUAUUAAAAGUACAAGAUGAAUGGAUAUGCAGUUUUCAAUAUCCACCACCGCCCCGUGGAAAACAGGCUCAACAAAAAUAUGCAUUACAACAUUCAUUGGAAGCGGAAAAAACAUGGUUGCAAUGUCAAUGCGAACGUUGGGGUCUACUUGCUCAAGAAGAAUCACGCUCUACUCCUGCCUUGCUAACAAGUUCGAGCUCUGCUUUGGAUAAUAGUGUUGUAUCAUUGGGUGUAACACCCGAACAUUCAUUUAUGGAAUCAUGUGCUCGACUCUCUGUUUCUUUAGAGGGUCCUGGUCUAUUUGCUAUGACUUCAUCACCUUUGCCGGCACGCAAACCGGGCAGUGGCGUGCAUAACGAAGACGAUGAUGAUGAUAUCGAUGAAGAUGACUAUCACAACGAUGACGAUGAUGACGACCAUGAAGGCGAUGACGAUGAAGAAGACAACGAUAACAAUCAUUUCAAUCAACACUUUAGACAACAGCAGCAACAACAACAUCAUCACUUCACCCAACAGCCAUUAGCAAACGCCGACGAUGAUGAUGAAGAGUUUGCCAAUGAAUUAGAUAUUUCCAAUGGUGGCAGUGGUGGUGCUAAUGAAAAUAUAGAAAAUCUUUCAUACAAAGCAAAUUUUCGUACUUGCCAAUCCUACUCAUCUGCGGCAGCAACCAGUAAAUCAAAAACUCGUUCAGCUGAACAAACGCCAGACAACACAUUUACCGAUAGCCAGGAAGAUGUGGACGAUGAAAUGACCAAUGUGGUGAAAAGACGUUAUAAACAAAACAAAAAGAAAUCCGCCAUAAACAAUACGGCACAGAUAAGAGUUCAACAGCAGCAACAAAGACGUUUUAGAACGUCCACAACAACAGCAGCGGCAACAACAACAACAAAUACAACAGUAUCCCUUAAUAAGAGUUUCGAAACAAAAAAUUGUGAUUUUAUAACGAACGAUUACGAAUAUAUAGCAAAACCUAAAAUUAACACAACAACAACAACAAACACAGCAUCUAGCUUAACAUUAAAAGCUUUAGCCGUGGAUGCUGCCACUGUACAACAAUCCAAGAGUCGGGUAUGUAGUCGCUGUAAAAGAGGCAUACGACAUUCGUCUUCAUGUUCCUCAUCUACGGCUUCUGGUGGUGGUGCUGGUGGUGCCAAUGGCAGUGGCAUGACUAUGGAAGAAUUAAGAGCUGUUAAUCGUUAUGCUGAAAGUACUAAAAGUCUAUCCUACUUGCCACAGGUGAGGGAUGAAUACUUGCUUGCUUCAAGGAUUUCGGUCCAUGAACGUCAAACGGCACGCAUGCGUACACGUUCCGAAUGGUUUUUAGGUCCCAAAGAAGGUGAUCUAUUGUGUGUACCGCCCAAUACCUGCAGUAAUUGUUGUCUUUCAGCUGUUAAUCUACAAACAGCAGGAAAUUAUUUAGGCGGUGGUAGUACUCGAGACAUGAGACGUAUGUUGGAUAUACAACAACAGCAAAACCAACAACAGCAGCAACAGCAUCAUAUUAACGAAGCUGUUAAUACUUCCUUAUACCUCUACUACAAACAGCGACAACAACAGCAGCAACAAUAUCAGCAAUUACCUUUGCAACGACAAAGUUUUCAUUUGUCACCCGAACACAUGGAUACCGAUGAAAGUUUCGCCUCCUUUACUAGCGGUAGCAAUAGUAUAAAUCAACAAAUGAAUUUACAUUCCAUGCAACAGCAACUAACAGCAAUCCAACAGCAACAACAGCAUCAUCAACAGCUGCAACCACAAUUUAAUACACGCCAGGCCCAGGAGGGACAAGGAUUAUUUUUGGAUACAAACUAUGUUGGCAACAUCCGUUUAAGUAAUAGUGCCGAGUCUGUACAAUAUCCAGCUAGAAGACCCUCAACACGACGCAUACUCUUAGGUGCCAAUAUACCACGACAAUAUCCUUUACGUUCUUCCUUAAGGCGUCACAAGGAAAAACAAAAGGGUACCAACAAUGGCGGCUCUACUAACAACAGCUCAAGACCCAAAUCCACAGGAGCUACUGCACACAGCUCAACAACAAAUGCUAGUGCUGCAAUUGGAGGACUAGGAGGAGGUGGCAGUUUCUUAAGCAACUCUAAUUCCGAAGGUCUUGCAUCGACCAGCAAUGAAUGUUGUGCCAUGGAAUCGUCUAUAACUUUUAAGCCUCCUAGACUAUAAAUUUCCUUAAAUUAGUAUUAUUUGUAUAUAAAUAGAAUUUAAUAUUUUUUUAAAUACUUUUUUUUUAUAAAAAAAAAAACUAAUUUAGUUUGAAGAAGAAAAAUAUAUAUAAAAGUCUGAUUUUUAAGUUUUAUUUAAAAAAAAAAUUAAAUACUUAAUUAAUAAUGUUUAAUCUAACAUUUAUUUUGUUUUAUUAUUCCGUUUGUUUAUUUGUUUAAAAAUAUUACAUAAAUUGCCAAACAUUUUUAAAAAUAACCCAUAAAUUUGUGACAAAAGAAACUCACAGCUAAACAGGCAGCUAAUUCUGAAAAGAAAUCAUCAAAACAUUUAUAUUUUUACGUUAUUUUAAGGAAACAAGAUCACGUUAUUUCGGUUCAUAUCAUUAUCAUUAACUUUGGCUAAAAUUGUUAUUAAAAAUCUUAUAAAUUUCUUUAAUUUAAAAACAAAUAGAUCUUGGUAUGAGAACGAAAGCAUUUUAAUAUAAAAAUGAAAAUGGAAGGAGGUUCAAUUCUUGUUUAACGCAUUUUGUUUUUAGAAUAGAAGGAAGAAGGACCAUGUAUUUUUUACUUUAAACAGUGUAAUCGUUUCAAAAACAGAUUGCAGUAAAAGACACACUUGACUACUUUUCUGAUAAUGUUACAAAUUUGAUUAAUUUAUUGUUAUACAAAGCCAAGUACUAAAAUACUGCAAGGAUAUGUUUUGGGAACCGAAAGACCAGUUCUUUUUUUAAAGUUUCUUGAAAAAUAUGUAUGAAAGUAACAAAACACUGUAGAGUUUCGUAUAAGGAUUGCAAGGUCCAUAACCUCUUUUAAUUUUUUGUACCUACUCAAAUAAUUUAGUUAAUAACUCAUUCUAAAUAAUAGUUUUUCAUUGAGAUCUAUUUGUUUUAUAAAUUUUAAAAUAUUUACUUUUUUAAAUAACAAUUAUAAAUGUUUAGUUAAUGUUUUAUGUAAAAAAAUAUUAAACAUUUUCUUUUUUUAACUUAUAAUUUUGUUAUUUUUUUCAUUUUUUCCAACUUUAGAUUUCUCUAAGCUAAAAUAUCUGUAAACAAAACAAUCGUUAAAUUAUAAAUAAAAAUUCCAAAAAAAUUAUAAACCAAACAAGAAAACAAAUUCUUAAAGGAACAACUAUUCCAAGUAAAAUAGCAUUUAUUUCAAUUAUUUAUUUUUUAUACACAUAAAAUUUAUUAAAAAAAAAACAAAAACAACCUCGU